CCGACUAGUCGACUAGUAACUUGAGCCGUCUGUUCCAAGUUUUCGAAAAAAAAAUAUUCAAAACUGAGUGCAAUUUUAAUUUGACAAAGAAAUAGUUUUAUCCAUUAAAUAUUUUCAAUAAUGUACCAAAAAUCGAAAACGAUACGAUUUAGAAAUGCAUUGAGGAAAAAAAAUGGAUUGAGGAAACAACGGCGCGCGUGCGCUCAAUCCGCCAUUUUAAUCGCACUGGAAAUGCGUGCGAUGAUCAUCCAUUUCACAUCGUAAAGUCAAGUACAUUCCGAGCAAAAAAACGCCUGUUCUCGUCUGCGAUUGCUAAGUGAAGCAUAAUCAUCGCCGUGCAGAAUCCCUCGUAAUCCUACGAUUUGUAGAUCUCCGCGCACAUACACAUACAAACGUACGAAUACUCUCAUUGCGGCACGUGUGCGCCAAUGUCAGGAUCACCGCCAUCGUCAAUUGCCUCGCCUCAAUUUGUCCAAGUCGAGUGUAGUUUUUGUUGUUUUUCUCGUUUCGCCAAUCGCGUUUCUCGAUGUGUCGACCAGUGUUUAGCCGCUUCCAAGUCUUUGAUAUCGUCGACGUUUUAAAGAACUGGUUCUAGUCGCGUUAUUUCUCACGCGACGAACGCUGUAUCGAGGAGAGGGACAGGAGGGUUACGACUACAUCCCUGGUUCGUUGCAUCGGUCAGGCCAGGUGCAGCUCGAACGUUUCUCGGCACUCGAGCAAGCCUGGUCACGAUGCAGGGAUUCGCUCGUCUCUUUCUCUCUCUCUCUUUCUCUCGGUGAUCUGAUUCUCUAACAAUGCGCUCUAUGCAGGGAGGUGGGAGACCGCGAUGCAUCUACGGCAAGCGUUAACGUCGACGAAAUCGAGUUCUCGGUUCGCGCGCAGUCGCGAAACGGUUCGGUAUCGACAGGGAGACUCCGCUUCUCUCCGAAAACGUUCUAUCGUGCGUUGUAUUUUCGUCCAACGGAGGGUGCAUCCGUCGUUGAUACGCAUGCUAUACGCGACGUAACAGUGUCCUCGCUACUACCGCGCUAUGUGACGGAUAUCACGGGGCACCGCAGCGCGUGUACCCCGCCUCUACCACGUACCCGUUCUCUACGUGCCGGAGAAUUUACCCCAUCGAGUCGUACCCCUCGCCCUUUACCGAGAGACCUACCCUACCUCCCUCCUCUACCUCCUCUCCCAUCGCCACCUCCCCUCUCGUCCCUGCUCUUCCCCCUUAGCCGAUCCUCGUCCACCGCCCCGUCGUGGAAAAAGAGAAAGACGGACUACCUCGUGAACACUCGUACGACAACGACGACGGCGACGACGGCGACGACGGCGACGAGAACGACGAGGUGGCCACGCGGACCUCGUGAAAAAGCGUGCCUGGAGAAAACAUGGAGUGUCCGCAUCUUGCUCAGAGCGUGCGAUUUGGCGAUGACAACGUAGAUGGAUCGGGCUGUGCUGUGAAGGAUCUGCCGUUCGUCUGCGCAGUGUGCGGCACUGAGAAAAGUCCCUGGCUCUGUCUGCAUUGCGGAGCCGUGCACUGCGGGCGAUACGUGGCGGGCCACGCAUUGCAGCACUACGAGACUAAUACUCAACACUGCGUGUGCAUAGACUGUGAAAGCCUGGCAGUAUUCUGCUACACUUGCGACGAAUACGUGGUGAACGACACCACAACUGGUCAGAUCGAGAAGAUACGGCGUGUCACCUUUCGUAAGGACGAGCACAAGGAGAACGAUGAGAGCUGGAGCACAUCACCACCCACGACGCCGCCGUCCUCGAGGACGCGCGACGGCGGUGGCGACGACCACGAUCACGACAACGACGAUCCGGACGCCCUGUGGAAGGCAGAAGUGGUUGUGAGGAAUUUACGUCCGAGAACGGCGCGCAAGAGGCUACACUCGCUGGACGCCAGCAGCGCGGAUAAUCGGCCGGCCAAGCGUCGCAGCUCCAAGAGUACCAAAGAGAAAAAGGUCGUCGGUCUGAGAAAUCUCGGUAACACCUGUUUCAUGAAUGUGGUGCUGCAAUCCUUCAACAACAUAAGCCACUUUUGCGAAUACCUCACGCAAAUGCCAUGUCUCGAGGGCAUCGCCUUCGACGAAUCCACGGGACCGCCCACGCAUCGUGGUCGUAUCGUCACGCCGGGUCGCGCGAAGGAGAUGUCCAUGAGCGACGCGUUGCUCGCCGAAGAACUCCGAAAGGUGUUGCUCGGUCUGAGCUUGGGCGGCUCCAAUGGCCAGGCGAUAUCGCCCGAGUGCCUGUUUCUAGCCAUCUGGAAGGUCGUGCCGAGAUUUCGGGGCUACCAGCAACAGGACGCCCACGAGUUUCUCACCUACAUGCUCGACCGACUGCACACCGAGCUACUGCAGUUGUUACCCAGGCUGGGACACGAGCCACUAGGAUUACGCGGCAAGCAGAGUAUCGUUACUGCCGUGUUCGGAGGCACUCUUCUUAGUGUGGUCCACUGUAUGAACUGUCGUACGGACUCGAAGACGCACGAGCCCUUCCAGGACCUCUCGCUGGACAUACCGGACAGACUGCAGAGAAGCAGGACGAAGGAACAGGAGGAGGUGUGCAGUUUGACUUAUAGUCUGACGAGAUUCUUCAAGGUUGAAGAGCUGGCCGACAGCGAGCUUUACUUCUGCGACAACUGCAUGGGCAAGCAGAGGUCUACCAAGAGGUUCUGGAUACACAGGCUGCCUAACGUGUUGUGCCUUCACAUUAAAAGAUUUAGGUGGUGCAAUUCCUAUCGCUCGAAGGUGGACACGCAGGUGGAUUUCCCGAUGGAGUCUCUCGACAUGUCCGCGUUCACCGUGCGCGGCGUGACCGGGACGAGAUUGGGCGCUCAGAAUAGUCAUCUUUACGACUUGGCUGCCGUUAUCGUGCACCAUGGUUCCGGUGCCGGUACUGGACAUUACACUGCCUUCGCCGUACAUGACGGCCAGUGGUUCCAUUUUAACGACAGCAGCGUGCGGCCAGCGACUACUGACGCUGUCGCUAAAUGUAAGCCUUACAUUCUGUUCUACGUGCGGAGAGAGUUCUCCAUUCCACCCCCCUUGUGACGCCGUUUCCCCGAUAAGAAGCCUCGUCCCGGCGGCACGACCCUAGAUGACGACGAAGACGACGAUGAUCAGGAUGAUGUGGAGCGAACGAAAGAGAACUGAGCGAACGUUCCUUGCGAAUCUCGAAGCGAGCAAACGAACGGCCAAGCGGAAAAAAUGAGAAAUAAAUCAUUGGAUCGCGCCUCGAGCGCUUCGAGAUCGGAAGACGAAGAUUCGUCCGCUUAUCGCAUAUAUUAUUAUUCAUGAUUGCUCAUUGUUGCCAAAUCGUACAAUCUCGUUAGACGUAAUUCGUCGCGCGUUCGCUGUCGCACCUCGACAAGUCACCACGACAAUCUUCGAGGCGCGAUUGGGAUAACCGGCCACAUAAUUCCGCCGUUGCACGUUAAUCGCUCGAGCGCGUCCCUCCUCGCGAAAUUUUAUCGGAUGAUUAUCGGAUUAAGAUCAUGCAGCUCUUAAAUUAUCUCAAUAUUCAAAAAAAAAUCGACCGAUACAGCAUACGUGAUAUUGAUACAUAUAUCAUAACGACACAUUGUUCUCAUCUUUCUCAUCAUGUCUUUUUCUUCCGUUAAAAACGCCAUAGUCCUCUAAAAUAUUUUCCUAUAAAAUAUUUUAAGAGAGGACAAUUUUUUUGUUUAGAUUAUUUUGUGUUUCGCUUAUUAUGGUUCCUAAAA